CUCGGACGGAGUGAAAAAAGAGGCACUAUUUGCUGGAGCGCAAGCAGCGCGGCAACACGCAGACACGCUCGCAAGAGUGAGUCAGCCCGCCGGGAGUAAAAGAGCGGAAUCGUUUACCUGUGUGUUCUAUUACGGAAUUCAACUGAACACGCUCCAGCCCAGAGGCCACUUUUUUAAAGCGAGAUUAUACCUCACGUAGGACUGCCCCCCUCCUUUUUUUUCCCCGUCUCCCUUCCCAGCGAAGUGAACCUGCUGUGCCCCCCCCCUUCCCCCUUCUCAGGAACAUUUCGGAGCGACCAUGGCCGGACAAGACUGCGUUCAAGUGCUGCUUUUGCUCCUCGCCUCGACACUUUUACCACACGGGGCGUCUGGCCAGCGUGUGAAAGUGGAGCCUGAGGUCUUGUCGUAUCCCGGCCAGACGGUCAACCUGCGCUGUGCCUUCACGGACACCACCGGGAUUCAGCUCACCAUGGUCACCUGGAUCUACGAGCCCAAAGAGGGGGAGCGGAUGAACAUCGCCGUCUUGCACCCCGUCUUCGAACCCAACUACCCAGACUCGCCGCUCAAGGGCAGGGUCAGCUUCAUGCAAAGCCCCCCGAACAUGGAUGGCCCCUCCAUCCAGAUCAGCGAUGUUCGCAUGACGGACGAGGGCAAGUACAUCUGCGAGUUCGCUUCCUACCCCAGCGGACACGAGCAGGGAGUCACCCAACUGGUCAUGCUCACGAAGCCCCAGAAUUCUGCCUCCCCCUUAACGGUGGAAGCGGGCCCCAAGCCCAUGGUGGUGGCACGUUGCGAGUCCCUCAACGGCCGCCCCGCCGCGCAGAUCCGCUGGGUGACGACCGCCAACGGCAACGCCACCACGUCGUCCAAGCCGGGCCAGGACAACACGGUGUCGGUCACCAGCGAAUACCGCCUGGCUCCCGCGGCGGCCGACAACGGCAAAGAUAUCAGCUGCCUGGUGUCGCACCGGACGCAGACUUCGCCGGAGAGCUUCCAGAUGAAACUCAAAGUUUUAUACGCCCCUCAGGUGGCAAUCGUGGGUUAUGACAAUAAUUGGUACGUGGGCCGUACAAAUGUGCUGCUGACCUGCCAGGCCAGCGGCAAUCCGGUCCCGACGACGGUGCUAUGGAAGUCUAUGACGGGAGAGAUGCCCGACACGGUGCAAAUCAAAGACAACCAGCUGAAGGUGCUCAAGGUGGACGAGGCAGUCAACACCACUUUUGUCUGCGAGGUCAAGAACCGCGUCGGGACUGGCAGGGACCAGGUCACGGCCUUGGUCAGAGAGCCUUCAGUGAACCCGUCCAACGUCGGCGUGGUGGCGGGGGCUGUGAUCGGCUCCCUGCUGGCUCUGCUCUUGGUGGCCGCCCUGGUGGCCGUGCUGGUCACCCGCAGCCGCCGCCAGCAGCAGGGCUACCGGGCCAACGGCGGCAGCGACUUGAAGGCGCGCAUAUUCGGCGGCGGCAAAAAGGCCAGCAAGAACGGCACGGGCGGCGCCGGCAACAACAACGGCCCCAUCUACGACGGCUCGGCCCACCAGGGGGAGAAAAACAACCACGGGCCCCUCACCAUCGGCGGGCGGCCCGAGGUGGCGGCCGGCACGCCCACCGCCCAGGACAUCCUGCUCAGCAGCGAGCUGGACGACGCCGAGAGGAGGAAGUUUGACGAGCUGGAGGAAGAGGAGCGCUACGACCACUUCUCCGGCGGCGCCCCCAUCCUGCAGCUGCGCCCGCCCAACGAGCAGGACGAGAUGAUCGGAGACUACCUGGACGACGACAUGGAGUCCCAGCGGGAUGGCUCCGUCAUCUCUCGGACUGCUGUUUACGUUUAAAGCAGAAGCGAGAAGGGGAGGAGCAAGCGUCGAGGAGGAGCCCCGGGGAUUUUUGUGUCUGCCUCCGUCGUAUCGAGAUGACAGAACGAAACCGCUCUUUUAUUUUCAAAACAUCGUGGAUUUUCCAUACGUGCUAUUAUUAAUCACAGUUGUUAGCCCCAAUACUGACCGGAGGAGGAGGAGGAGGAUGUCGGAAUCAUGUCCUCGCCUGAUGGCGUCACAACUACAGACGAUUCACUUCUUACGUGCUCCGCAACGCAAUGCGGUUGUCAUGCAGUUUGCCUGCCGUUCUCAAGUCUCCUCGCGGGGAACCCGUCACGCUGUGACGAGCGGGCGGGUGCUGCUUUAGUUGCUCGUGAUGGGCUCUGAAGGCACUAAACCAUCAAGUGGUUGCGAGAGGAUUUGUUUGCUGACGUCUCUUGUCUUUGUUUUUGUCCCCCCCCGCCGCCACCCCUCCCGCGUCCUGUCCCUGCCAUCCCCGUCAAACCUCCAAAUCACUUCUCCAUAGUCUGCAGCCAUCGGCUCGAUUGGUUUCGACUGAAAAAAAGGGCUGUGUGCCAAGCCAAAAGUUUUACAGCUCAAAGAGAUUGACUAUUUUUCAGAGGGUAGAAUUGGGCCGGUUACUGGAUUCAAGGUAUAUUGCCACUUUAAAAAGUCUCAAACUUUCCUUCCCAGAUAGUAUUUUUUUUUUUUUAUAGUCUUUUUUUUUUUUUAAUCAGUCUAGGCCGGGGGUCGGCAACC